GCAUUGUACGCAUGACGUAACAUAAAAAACACCGCGAGCACAGCGACGCGGGCCGGGCUGAAUUUUCAGUUGAGAAUUGGAGAUUCGAGAUCAGUUUGAGAUCUACUUACUUGGGAUCUAGCCGCAACGCUGUCGAGUCUCGACGCAGCGCACGCAUCGCAGUCGCAGAGUCGCGAGAACCAAAAGGUCGAGUCUAGUCGUAGAGGUUAGGAAAGUGGCCGACCGGGUGUGUCGCGCGCGACCGAGAGUGAAAAUAUGAGCUCCCAGCAGAGUCCGGCUGCCCUGCAGGCGACGAUCGACCGCGAGAAGGUCUACACCUGGAUAAUCGAGCUGUCGAACCCGGAGACCCGGCAGAACGCUCUGCUCGAGCUGAGCAAGAAGCGCGAGGUCGUGCCCGACUUGGCGCCCAUGCUCUGGCACUCCUUCGGCACCGUCGCCUCGCUACUCCAGGAGAUCAUCAAUAUCUAUCCGGCAAUCAAUCCCGCGACUCUCACGGCCCACCAGAGUAACAGGGUCUGCAAUGCCCUUGCGCUGCUCCAGUGUUUUGCCAGCCAUCCCGACACCAGGUCCGCCUUCCUUCAGGCACACAUACCGCUCUUUCUGUAUCCAUUUUUACACACGGUCAAUAAGACUCGGCCUUUUGAAUACCUGCGCUUGACUAGUUUGGGUGUCAUCGGAGCCUUGGUGAAGACGGAUGAACAGGAAGUUGUUACCUUCCUGCUAACCACUGAGAUUAUUCCAUUAUGCCUACGAAUAAUGGAAAGUGGCUCCGAGCUGAGUAAAACUGUGGCCACAUUCAUACUGCAGAAAAUACUAUUAGACGACAGUGGCUUAUCUUACAUAUGUCAGACGUAUGACAGAUUCAGUCACGUGGCCAUGAUCCUGGGAAAAAUGGUGCUUUCAUUGGCCAAAGAUCCUUCGGCUCGCCUACUGAAACAUGUCGUAAGAUGCUAUCUAAGGUUAUCCGACAAUCCACGUGCUCUACUAGCUUUAAGGCAAUGUUUACCGGAUCAAUUAAGAGAUAACACUUUUACAACCUGCUUACAAGAAGAUGUAUCCACUGAACACUGGUUAAAUCAGUUGUUGAAAAAUUUGGAGACCGGACCACCCCAAGGUCCACCAACUCAACCAGGACAACCGGAUCCAAGGACCAUAGGAAUGUCACCACUGACAUCUUAAACAACUCAAGAUUGAUAAAAACUAUCCAUUACAAAGUUUUUUUCCAAACCUUACGAUCUAUUUUGCUAUUGCAGAACAAGAUGUAAUAAUUGAAAUCGCGUCAAUGCGAUAUGUACAUAUCCUUAUGGUUAUGGAGUACGCCAAUGAGAGAUUUCUUUUUCUUUUGCCUUGUGAUAUCGAUUAUAGUCAGUUGACUUAGCAAAGGCUAGUCGAUCGUGUUCUCCAGAAAUUCCGCUUACUCCAUGACGCCGUUUAUUAGUAUUGUAGAAUUAAGUCUAAAGUAAGGUUUAUGAUAAAGUCUGAAAGUAAUAUCAUUUUUUCAUAAAACUGUCAAAACGCAUGUUGAAAGAGCAGCAUGGAAUUGUAUGAUAAUGUAACGCUAUCAAUUAAAGUAGCUUUUAUACAAGUGAAGCAUGAGUCUACUGCAGGAAGUAGCUAUUAUUAUGUACAAGACCCUCAUGCAUUUUUAUGAAACCCAGUAAAAUUCGGUAUUCACAAGACUUGUUGCACGUUACUGAUUAAUGUAUACUCAAUUGGGUAAAUUGUAAUUAAAAAUUAUACAGAUGUAUCUUGAAGUGGUUAUGCGAAAUUAUGCUUCAUACAAUAUAAUAUUAGUAUUAAGUGCAGAAUGUACUUGCAUGUAUAUUCUAUUGUAAAAUAUCAAGAUCAAGUCACUAAAUUACAUGUGUACUAUUGCUAAAAUAA